AACGUUUGUGUCUUUCUGUCUACUAGGACGACAAAAAAGAUUCAAUUUUGGUGCGUCCUAUAAUGACCCUUUUGCCCUUUCUCUUCCACUAGCUAAAACAUCUUUUUACUUUUAUAAACACAAAAAGGUUUCCAUUUCAAUUCCAAACCCACCAAAAGUUUUAAUCAUUCAGAGCCAUUUCAAUGGCUUCCAUGGCUACCCUUUUGUCCAAAACCCCUUUCCCUUCUAACUCUUUGACGAAAAAAAUCGAUACCCAUUUCGCUCCUUCCAUGAGAGUCAACUUAGCUUUGGGUGCAAAAUCAAGGACCCACAAAAAGAUUCGAAUUUCGAACGGGUUGAUUGAACCAGACGGUGGGAAAUUGGUUGAGCUCGUGGUUGAAGAUUCCAAGAGAGAUUUGAAAAAAGGUGAAGCUUUUUCUUUGCCAAGGAUAAAGCUUUCUAGGAUUGAUGUUGAAUGGGUUCAUGUACUUAGUGAAGGAUGGGCUACACCACUUGGUGGGUUCAUGAGAGAAAGAGAGUUCCUCCAAACGCUUCAUUUCAAUUCACUUAGACUCGAUGAUGGGUCUGUGGUGAAUAUGUCUGUUCCGAUUGUUUUGGCCAUUGAUGAUGUGCAGAAACAUCGGAUCGGUGAUUCAAAAAAAGUUGCACUUUUUGAUUCACUGGGUAACCCUGUUGCUAUUCUGAAUGAUAUUGAAAUUUAUAAGCACCCUAAAGAAGAAAGGAUAGCCCGAACUUGGGGAACAACAGCCCCUGGCCUACCUUAUGUUGAAGAAACUAUAACUAAUGCUGGAAAUUGGCUGAUUGGUGGUGACCUAGAGGUCAUAGAACCCAUCAAGUAUCAUGAUGGACUCGAUCAUUUCCGUCUGUCCCCUGCAGAACUCCGCAAGGAGUUCACAAGGCGCAAUGCAGAUGCUGUGUUUGCCUUCCAGCUCCGGAAUCCUGUCCACAAUGGCCAUGCUUUGCUAAUGACUGAUACUCGCAAGCGGCUUCUUGACAUGGGUUACAAGAAUCCAGUCCUCUUGCUUCAUCCACUUGGAGGCUACACCAAAGCUGAUGAUGUGCCACUCGAUUGGCGAAUGAAACAACAUGAGAAGGUACUUGAGGAUGGUGUUCUUGAUCCAGAGACAACAGUAGUAUCAAUAUUCCCAUCUCCCAUGCACUAUGCCGGACCAACUGAGGUGCAGUGGCAUGCAAAGGCUAGGAUCAAUGCUGGGGCUAACUUCUACAUUGUUGGCCGAGACCCUGCCGGCAUGAGCCAUCCAGUUGAAAAAAGAGAUCUAUACGAUGCUGACCAUGGAAAGAAAGUAUUGAGCAUGGCGCCUGGACUUGAGCGCCUAAAUAUUCUUCCUUUCAGGGUUGCUGCAUAUGACAAGACUCAGGGUAAAAUGGCAUUCUUUGAUCCCUCAAGGCCUCAGGAUUUCCUCUUCAUAUCAGGCACAAAGAUGCGCACCCUUGCUAGGAACAAAGAAAGUCCUCCUGAUGGAUUUAUGUGCCCUGGUGGCUGGAAGGUGCUAGUCGAUUAUUAUGAUAGUUUAGUAGUGUCAAGUAAUGGCAAAGUUCCGGAAGCUGUUCCGGUGUAGUGUUGUGUAUUUUAAUGUAUAUUUCUGAUUGGGAGAAACCUUAAGCUUAUGCAUUCUCCUGCUAAGUUACAGAUCUGACAAAGAUCCCCUAUUAUGGCCCAGUCUCUUUAAUAAAAUGAAAAGUUUGGGAAGGCAUUUGCAUAGAGACACAUUGCCUCUCUGUAAGUAUGGCUUUAGUGUGUUGCCUCUUGCAGUUAUAGUGCCAACUCUUUUGUAAUAUAUUGAUUGUGGUUGUGCUAAGGAUUUGCUUUGCUUUGGUUUGAAAAUUUAUAUUCCCUGCACUUUGUAUCAUACCAUUGUUUUCAGUCAGAAGUGAAGUCUGUUUGUACAAACAACUUAAUUAA